AUUUUUUUCACCCGGGCUAAAAGAAAAAAGAGAGAGAAAAAAUCCUCUGUGUUUAUAUUUUGGCCAGAAGUUUAGAACAAGUCGACAGCACCAAUUACACUCAAGAAGCCAAAUACUGGAGUCCGCUGGGCGGUUAGAUUCUAAUUAAACGACUUACGAAACGAUAAAGCUGGCACCUCCACUACCUGUCACUAUGCCCGCCUUGUUGGAGAGACCCAAGCUGUCCAACGCGAUGGCCAGAGCCCUCCACAAGCACAUCAUGAGGGAACGGGAGCGCAAGAGACAAGAGGAGGAGGAGGUGGAUAAAAUGAUGGAGCAAAAGUUGAAGGAAGAGGAGGAGAGAAAGAGGACUAAGGAAAUUGAGGAGAGGAUGUCAUUAGAGGAAACCAAAGAGCAGGUGAUGAAGAUGGGGGAAAAACUUCAGGGACUUCAAGAAGAGAAACAUCAACUUUUUUUACAGCUCAAGAAAGUUCUUCACGAGGAGGAAAAGCGACGCAGAAAGGAGCAGAGGCACUUGCAUUUUUACAGUGAUAUCACUACACUGACAUCAGCCAGUUACCAGCCCAGUCUGCCUAUGCAUGCAGGACAGCACCUUCUCAGUAUUCAAGGAAGCCCAGUAAGCCACAGUCGAUCUGGUGCUCUGCUCGGAGAACGAAGCAAGCAGUUGUUCCCAGCUGCUGUGAUCCCUGCUCGUCAUUAUCAGACUCCUGGGUUCAGCUCAGGCUCAGCAGAGCAUGGGCAGUUCAGUGGAGGCCAAGGGGUCCACGAGCCCUAUGGAGUGGCCCCGUCCCAGCAUCCUUCCACCUAUGCACCUGGACCCUCUGUUCCAGUCAGUUUUGCUAGUAGCUCUCAGAUCAGAGGUCCAUCUGCAUUUCAAGCAAUGCAGUAUCUCCCUCACCAGCAGGCUGGUUACCCUGUUCACAGUCACUUUACCUCCCAGCCAGGAUACAUCCCUGGAGCAUCAAUACCCCUGCAGAAGCAGCUGGAACAUGCCAACCAACAGUCGGGCUUCACUGAUGCUGGUGGUUUGAGGCCCAUGCAUCCAUCUGCCAUGCAUCCCUCUGCUCCAGGCCUGCUGCCCACACCCAUGGUCCAGAUCCCUACAGCUAAGGCCCCGUUCCAGAGCUCUCCACAGAGUGCCCCUCGUCACAGCUUCCUUUCCCACAGCCAGAGUGGGCAGAGGUUCUACCACCACGGAAAGUAACUCUCAGCCAUUUUCAGUCUUUCAAAAGUCUGGACAUUCUGUUGGACAUCUAACAGGACAUCUAAACGGAUUUAUAUAU